AUGAAGAGUGACUGGCACCGGUAUAACUUAAAGCGACGGGUUGCAUCGCUCCCACCCAUUACUGCAGAGGCUUUCACAGAGAAAGUACUCCAAGCUCGAGCUCAGACUGAUGCCGAGGCGGGUAAGGCAUUCUUCGAGAGGUCCUGCCAUAUUUGCGAAAAGACGUACUAUAGCGAGAACUCGUACCAAAACCAUCUGUCUAGCCAGAAGCAUCGUGCAAGGGAAGCUAGGGGAGUCCUCACACCUUCUGCCAUCCCGGAUGAGACUAGCUCCGUCAUGAGCUCUACGUUCUCUCUAGGAGAGCCCGUAGCCGCUCAUCGCGAUGACGACGACGAUGAUGACGAGGACAAUGGGCCCGAUUCCACAUCUGUAGAGGCAGAGUUCAACCAAGUUGUCGAAGGACUCCAGAAGGCUACAGUUUCUGGUACCCGGCCAUCGCCCGUAAAGCGGCCCUCUAACCCUCAAGCAACGAUCGCACAGAAGGACGAUGAUGCCAAGGAUAGAGACUCGGGUUCCUCCACACCCACGCCCCAGCAACCUGACCCUUCGACCAUCUUGCAACAAUGUUUGUUCUGCAGAUAUAUGUCCCCGACGAUUCGCCUCAAUGCCCACCACAUGGAGCGUUUCCAUGGAAUGGUGAUCCCCGAAAAGGAAUACUUGGUCGAUCUUGAGGGCCUCCUCAAAUACCUCACGGCCAAGAUUUACGAGGGGUUCGAAUGUCUCACAUGCGGCAAGAUGAAAUCUAACGCUUUCGCGGUGCAGACCCAUAUGCGGGAUGUGGGCCACUGCACUAUCCCUUAUACGACGGAGGACGAGCAGCUCGAUAUCGGAGAAUUUUACGAUUUUAGGAGCACCUAUUCCGACGAUGAAGACGAUUCCGAUGACGAAGAGAACGAAAAGGUCGGCGGCGGCCGCAAACUUGGGGCGAAACGAUCCCAGACGGUCACCGACGAAAACGGAGAGGAAGUUGUUGGAGAAGAUGGUUGGGAGACGGAUAGCUCAGCGUCUUCAUAUGACUCGGAGGAGCUCACGGCCGUCCCUGCGGACGACCGCCAGAACCAGUAUGAGCGCCUCAAUAAAAGUCAUCAUCAUUCUCACAAUGAUCCUAGGCAUCAUCAUAUGGCCGACGGCUGGCACUCGCAUGCGCAUAAACACAACGCUCGCGCUGUGUUUCACGACGACUAUGAGCUUCACUUGCCGUCUGGAAAGUCCGUCGGUCACCGAUCGCUCAACCGCUACUACCGACAGAAUCUGCACAACUACCCGACCCCCGACGAACGAAGCGAUCGCGAAAGACUUGCACUCGAGAACGGCGGCUCUCAUGGUGACCGUGAGACACAGUCCGAGGGCGAGGGUGAGGGCGAAGCAAGUGGCAACCACAGCCGAGCCGUCAUCCCUCGAGGCGAGCAAGGACUUGCGGGUGUCACGGACCAAGCGAAGGAGAAGCUCGCGCGCGAGGUCCACCAAAGCCGGAAGAUGGAGCACGCCAGAGGGGCGAAGAGGGAUAUCGCAUUCGGGACGAAACUCAACAAGCAGAAGAACUAUUAUUACCGCUAUGAGCGCGGCGGUUAG